GGGAGAGGGAGAGGAAACGAGAGAGGGAGAAGGGAGAACUGCCUUUGAGCUGCUGAGAUUGCAGACAGAAAUAGCACUCCACCACCGGGAGCUGAACAAGACUCAGAAACCAAGACCAAAUUGUAUUCACUUGUAUUGAUCAGCUGCUCAGAAAAGAGGAAAUGACACCUGGACCUGUCUUCUUCUACAUCUUGAUUUUUGGAAAAUAUGAGCUUUCCAUGGACCACCAACUGUGUUGCUCAAGGGAGUGGACAGGAAGUCAGGUGCUCCCUCGGCUACUUCCCCUGCGGGAAUAUCACCAAGUGUUUGCCCCAGCUUCUUCACUGCAACGGUGUGGACGACUGUGGGAAUCGGGCUGAUGAGGACAACUGUGGGGACAACAAUGGAUGGUCAGUGGAAUUUGACCGAUACUUUACCACUUACUACAAAAUUACUUCUCAGUAUCCCUUUGAGACACAAACAUCUGAAUGCUUGCUCGGGUCUGUGCCAAUGCAAUGUCUUUGCCAAGGUUUAGAAAUUGCCUGUGAUAAGAACAAGUUACGAGCUAUUCCAUCAAUUUCUUCAAAUGUGACUAUAAUGUCACUUCAGUGGAACUUAAUAAGAAAACUUCCUCCUGAUGGCUUCAGGAAGUACCAUGAUCUUCAGAAGCUGUGUCUACAACAUAAUAAGAUUAGAUCCAUAUCUGUCUAUGCUUUCAGAGGACUGCACAGCCUUACAAAACUAUACCUCAGUUAUAACAGAAUUACCUUCCUGAAGCCUGGUGUUUUUGAAGAUCUACAUAGACUGGAAUGGCUGAUUAUUGAAGAUAACCACCUCAGUCGAAUUUCCCCACUAACAUUUUAUGGACUAAAUUCUCUUAUUCUCUUAGUGCUCAUGAACAAUGCCCUCACCCGUUUACCUGAUAAGCCUCUUUGUCAACACAUGCCAAAGCUACAUUGGCUGGACUUUGAAGGCAACCAUAUCCAUAAUCUAAAGAAUUUGACCUUUAUUUCAUGCAACAAUUUGACUGUCUUGGUUAUCAGAAAAAACAAAAUCAAUCACCUACAUGAAAAUACUUUUGUAUCUCUCCAGAAACUAGAUGAAUUGGACUUAGGAAAUAAUAGGAUUGAAAAUCUUCCACCGUAUGUAUUUAAGAAUUUGAAGGAACUCUCGCAAUUGAACCUUUCACAUAAUCCAAUCCAGAACAUUCGAGCAAACCAAUUUGAUCAUCUUGUCAAACUCAAGUCUCUCAGCCUAGAAGGAAUUGAAAUUCCAAAUAUUCAACAAAGGAUGUUUAAACCUCUUGUGAAUCUCUCUCAUAUCCCGAUGGCGUCUGCUCGCUCCAGGAACACGAAGAGCCUCAAACUGCUUGUUCGUGGUCUUGACAAAGAAGUCCGACCAUCUCGUAGAUAUUUUAAGAAAUUCCAGUACUGCGGGUAUGCACCACAUGUUCGCAGCUGUAAGCCAAAUACUGAUGGAAUCUCCUCUCUAGAGAAUCUCUUGGCAAGCAUUAUUCAGAGAGUAUUUGUCUGGGUUGUAUCUGCAAUAACGUGCUUUGGAAACAUUUUUGUCAUUUGUAUGAGACCUUAUAUCAGAUCUGAGAACAAGCUGCAUGCAAUGUCAAUCAUUUCUCUUUGCUGUGCUGAUUGCCUAAUGGGAAUAUAUUUAUUUGUGAUUGGUGCUUUUGACCUGAAGUUUCGUGGCGAAUACAAUAAGCAUGCGCAGAUCUGGAUGGAGAGCAUUCAUUGUCAGCUGGUGGGGUCUUUGGCCAUUCUCUCCACGGAAGUAUCAGUGCUACUUUUAACGUUUCUGACACUGGAGAAAUACAUCUGCAUUGUAUAUCCUUUCAGAUAUUUAAGACCUGGGAAAUGCAGAACAAUUACCGUUCUAGUUCUUAUUUGGAUUACUGGAUUUAUAGUGGCUUUUAUUCCCUUCAGUAAUAAGGAAUUUUUCAAAAACUACUACGGCACCAAUGGAGUGUGUUUCCCUCUUCACUCAGAAGAUGCAGAAAGCAUUGGGGCCCAGAUUUAUUCAGUAGCUAUCUUUCUUGGUAUUAACUUGGCAGCAUUUAUCAUCAUAGUUUUUUCCUAUGGAAGCAUGUUUUACAGCAUUCAUCAAAGUGCCAUAACAGCGACUGAAAUACGGAAUCAAGUUAAAAAAGAGAUGAUCCUUGCCAAACGGUUUUUCUUUAUUGUAUUAACUGACGCAUUAUGCUGGAUACCCAUAUUUGUACUGAAAUUUCUUUCAUUGCUUCAGGUAGAAAUACCAGGUACCAUAAACUCUUGGGUAGUGAUUUUUAUUCUGCCUAUCAACAGUGCUCUGAACCCAAUUCUCUAUACUCUGACUACAAGACCAUUCAAAGAAAUGAUCCAUCAGUUUUGGUAUAACUUCAGGCAACGAAGAUCUGUUGACAGCAAAGGAAGUCAGAAAACAUAUGCUCCGUCAUAUUUCUGGGUAGAAAUGUGGCCACUGCAGGAGAUGCCGCCUGAGUUGAUGAAGCCAGCUCUUUUCACAGACCCCUGUGAAUUGUCUCUGAUUUCUCAGUCAACUAGACUCAAUUCCUAUUCAUAAUUGCCUCUGGGAACCAUUUCUUCCUAGAGAAUAUUGUGGCAUGCUUGCUAAUGGAGUUACUGUUAUAAAAUGAAUACCACAAGAUGAAUAAUUUAUAAAAAUAACUAAAAUAAAGUAGCUUGUAACAUGAGAUUAUUUAGGAGGAAUAAAAGUGACUGAUGCCCAUAUCGUGAGAAAUAAAUUAUAAUGAUGUGUAUAUAUCAUUAUACAUAUUUUGCUUAGAAAACUUAGAAAAAUGUCCUUCAGUCUCACUAUUCUUUUACGAGGUAUUUAUUGAGUGCUCAUUUUGUGCACAGCAUUUUGGUAAAUUCCUGAAAGGAGACAGUACAGAGCGUUUUCAAUUUGCAGUGCUAAGUUCUAUUUAACAGAAACAGUAUAUAUAACAUCCAAUUAAUUGUAGCUCUUACCUUAAGGUAGAGUUUUGUGUAUCAGCAAAUAUAAAAAUAAUAGGAAUUUCCAUACAGUUGUAGAGAACAAGCACCAUUAACGUGUCCAUUUUGAGACUUGUUGUUACUGUUUCUAGCAUAUCAAAUAUGCCACGGGUAGCUUGCCGGCCUCUGCCGUACAGACUCUCGGUAGCUUGCCAGGCUCUCUGAGAGGGGCAGAGGAAUCGAAUCCAGGUCGGCCAAGUGCAAGGCAAAGACCCUACCACUGUGCUAUCGCUCCAGCCCAAUGACUCAAUAUAAUAGUAUCAUAAAUGUGAUGCUGUUUUCAAAAUACAGAUAUUCCUGAGAGCCAAAACAACACAUUUAUUUCUAUUAAAAGAAGAUGCUCUGGUGUAAAUUUGAAACAGCACUACUCUGUCACUUUCUGUCUACUUGUCUCUUUUGCUUUAGAAAAGCACCAUCAUAUGAGAUUGAAAAAGGUUGAAUGAAUCAGCUAGAAUGAAAGACAUUCAACUAAAUGAAAUAAAACUGAGAAUCAAAUAAAAAUAAACCCUCAUAGUUACAUCACAUUUGUUUACCUUGUUGGUUUUCAAAAACAAAUAGAGAAAAAAAGACUUUUUGGCAGAUAAUACUGGAACAACCAGAAAUUUGGGUGCAAAAGAAGUUGCAGCCCUUCUUUAUAUGAGAUAUAGGAAUUAGGUCAAAGUGAAUCAAGAACCUAAAUAUGAGACAAAUCUCAGGAGAAAAGUAAAUUUUCGUAGGUAAAGUUUGAAAACUCUUACUUAGAAAGAACAAAACUGAGGCUGGAGUGAUAGCACCGCCGGUAGGAUAUUUGCCUUGCACUCGGCCAACCCAUGUUCCAGUCCCAGCAUCCUAUACGGUCCCCUGAGCACUGCCAGGAGUAAUUCCUGGGUACAGAGCCAGGAGUAACUCCUGUGCAUCGUCGGGUGUAAUCUAAAAAGCCAAAAAAAAAAAAAAGAAGAAGAAGAAGAAGAGGAAAUAACAAGACUAUGAGCAACAAAAUGGAAGGUAUUGAAUUUCACCUAAAAAUUUAAGUGUGUUUAUCAGAAGGGUUUUUUUGGUCAUUUUGUUUUAAAUUUAUAUUUUAUUGAGGUAAGAUUGACUCACAAUGUGCAAAUGUUUAUGUUUUGGGGUGCAGUGUUAUCAUACCAUAUUCAAGCCUGAUGCAUCCGUGUUCCUCCACAGUCCAAUGGACCCUCUCAACUGCCCCACACCACUCCUUGGGAACCUCAAUUCUGUGAUCAAAGACUUGUUUUCACUGAACAUUAUCUCUCCAAAGAGGAUUAUUUUAAAAAAAGUGAAAAAAGACAACCCACAAAAUGGGCUAAACUCUCUGUCAGUCAUAUAUCUUAGAAGAAAAUCUAUGGAUAACAUUAUAGACUUAAUAGUUGUCAUAAAUAAAGAACUACAAUUGUGCAACAACAAAAAUUAAAAUUAAAAUAGCAAUUCAAUUUAAGGGAUCUGGGAUAGCACAGUGGGGGUGCCGGGUGUAUGUGUUGGGGGGGGUGCCUAACUUGCAUGUGGGUUUCCUAAGAGCCUGCUGCCAGCAGCACUGCUGUUUGGGGUCCCCACACCAUGAGAGAGUUCUGAACUCUGGCAAACCUGCAGGAAACACAGAUAACAUGUGGAGGCCCAGAAAGAAUCACAACUAAAAACUACACAAGCACUGCUGUCAAAAGUGCAUCCCCUGGGACCACAGGAAGCCCUCCCCCAAUAGGCAUUACAAUCACAACGUGCACCGGGCACCACCACAGAAUUAAGUGUGACACGGCCUCCCGCCCCAUCCCCCCCCAUCCUCAGCAGGUAUGUGUAUAGACACAUGUGACCACCAGCAAGUACCCUGAUUGACUAUUUGAGCACCGCAAACAGGUAUGUGUGCAAACUCCAGUCACUGCAGUAACUGCAAUGCAGGGAAGAGAAAGGGGAAGUCAUAAAUUAUAGUUGAGAAAAGGCUUUGGACAGCUGUUUUUUUAAAGAAGAUACAUGAAGAGGCUAAAUAUCACUAAGCCCACAAUGAUAGUACUUCAUACCUACUAAGAGAGCUGUAACAAUUUUAAAAAAGAAAAAAAAUGUUGGUGAGGAGUAUAUUUAAAUCUUUCUUCAUGCUAGUGGGGAUAGAAAAUGAUAGAAUAACUGUAGAAACAGUUUGGGGAUUUAUCAAAAGUUUAUCACAGACAGUGAUUUUUGCCAGCUAGUGAUUUCACAGUACUGUGAUUUUGCUCACACGGGAAAAUUAGAUGAGCAAACUCCUAAAAACAAAAAAUAGGCUACUGGGGAGUUGAUGAAGUUGGGAGGGAAAAGUCUCAAAGACAAUCUUCUCAGUGGGAUAAUGGUUCUGGAAAAUAUUUGAUGAUUGACAAACAAUUACGAGAUUAUUAAAAGUCAUCAAACUGCAAACUAUUACUGUAUAUUUUUAUAAUUUAAGCUCAUUUAAGUUCUAUUUUCAUUGACUUAUCCUGGAUUUACAUUAUGGAACUUGAGUUUAGAUUUACAGAGAUUCUAUGCUUUUCUACCACAAAAAUAAAAUAGUCCUCUACCCAUUAUUCCUAUAUCCUUCCUUCUUUCCCUCCAAUAACCACCAUAUUCCACAUGAAUGAAACCAUCUAGUAGCCUUUGACUUCUUUAUUUCACUUGGCAUAAUCACCUAGAGAUCAUUCUAUUGUGUUCAAAUAUGAUGACAGCUAGUCAUCAUAUUUAAACAAAUAUGAUGCAAAUAUGAUGAAAAAAUGACAGCAAGUCAUCUUGUUGUGUGGCAAAGUAAUAUUCCACUGCAUAUACAUACUGCAUCUGUUCAUCCAUAUGCCCAUGAGUGUUUAGGUUGAUGUUAAGAUUUUAUGAUUGUGAAUAAUUCUGCUAUGAACAUGAAGAUGUGAACAUUAUUGUUUCCAUCAUCUUAAGAUAAGUCUAAAAUAUAUUGGGUCAUAUGAAAAUAAAGUGUUAGGACUCUCCAUACCGUUUUCCAAAGAGGCUCACCAUGUUACUUUUUCAUCAACAGUGCAUCACAAUUCCCUCUUCUUCAUUUGCCAUAUUUUCUCCUUUUGACACAGAAAAAAAGAAACCUGCUCACCAGUGUGAGGUGACGUCACAUUGGGGUUUUGAUUAGCAUUUCCGUAAUAAAUGAUGCCACUUUGUCCUGUCCCAAUGGCCAUGUCUCCGGAAGUGUUUUUUGAGGUCUUUCAACUAUUUUUCAGCCAAGUUACUUGCCUUUUUGUUGUGUGUAUUUAUCUUAGGUAUUAACUCCUUGCCAGGUGGUGUGAUGUGGUACUAUCUCCUCCCAAUAGCUGUGCUGAAUGUUUGGCUCUGUGAUAGCUUCUUUACCUGUGCAAAAACUUUGUAAUUGUAAGAAUUUACCUUAGUUCCUGCUUAUGUCUUCCUAGACAGUGGAUUUAAGUCUCCAAAUACAUCUCUGAUAUUGAAAUUCUGGAGUGUAUCAUAAUUAUCUUCUGUGUAUGUUAUGGUUUCAAGUUUAAUAUCAAAGCUUUUAAUACAUUUUGUUAGUUUUGCACAUGAAGCCACUUUCCUGAAGACACGUUCCCCCUUGUAUUUCUUUGCUCCUUUAUUGUAGAUUUAAUCAGGGCUCCUGAAACAUUUCCACUAAGACCCCUUUUUUCCCAAAAAAAAAUUUUGAAAUGACCCCGGAUAUAUAAAUAUAACAAAUCAAACAUUGACUGAUACAAAUUUUAGGAAAGAAUUUCACACACACACACACCACACCUAUUUAUGUGACUCCUCACCCCACCAAUAGGGGGUCACAACCCAGAGUUUAAGCAGUUUGGAUUAGAUGUCCACAUAUAUGUGGAUUUAUUUCUAGACUCUUCCAAACCAUUAGUCUAUGUGCUUUUUCAUUUCAAUAUUAUUUAAUUACUCUUGCUUUGUAAUAGUUUCAAGUUAGGGAAUUGUCUUUUUUAUUCUCUUCUCUCAGAAUUGCUUUGGCUGAGUCAGAUCUUUGGUGGCUACAUACAUAUUUUGGAAUUGUUCUAUUUCCUUUGAAAUUCUAUAUCAUUUGUCCCAUUUUCCAAAGGAUAAAAAAACAGGAGUUACAUUGUACCUAUAGUUUUAGCUAACAUGGCCUUUUAAGUUUUACACUUCCAACCAGCCAAGAAAAAAGGUAAUUAUUUGCAUGAAAGAUGAUGAAUGGUUUUAUUCUCUUAAAACUAUUUAUUUCCUAUAAUUCAUUUAAUUUAUAUAUGUGCAGAAAUGUAAUAAGGGCUAGAGAUAGUACAGCAACUAGGGCAUUUGCCUGGCACACGGCCAACCAUAAUUCAACCCGUAGGGUCCUGUAUGGUCCCCCAAGCAUGUCCUGAGUGCAGAUCCAGGAACGAACCCUUAGUAUUGCAGGGUAUGAUCCAAAAUCCAAAAGAAGAAAUGUAAAGACUUGUGUGUUGAUUUUUGCAUCCUGUCACUUUAUUAAAUGCAUUAUUUAGUAGUUUUUUCAGAGGAGUCAGGAUUUUCUAUAUCAAAUAAUAUUUUAUUUUCCAAUUCAGAUCCCUUUCUUUUUGUUGCCUAAUUGCUCUGAUUAGAACAUUAGAACAAAAAACUUAUGCUGAAUAGUAAUAGUGGGCUGGAGCAAAAGCAUAGCGGGUAGGACAUUUGCCUUGCAUGCAGCCGAGCCAGGUUCGAUUCCUCCAUCCCUCUUGGAGAGCCCGGCAAGCUACCACUAGUAUCUCACCCGCAUGGCAGCGCCUGGCAAGCUACCCGUGGUGUAUUCAAUAUGCCAAAAACAGUAACAAGUCUCACAAUGCAGACGUUACUGGUGCCCACUCAAGCAAAAUGAUGAGUAAAGGGAUGACAGUGAUACAGUGAUAGUGAGAGUGGACAUUCUUAUCUUUUACAAAUCUUAAAGGAAAAGCUUUUAAUGUGUCACUAUUAAAUAUGUUGUGUAUUUGUCAUAAUCUGAUUCUUGUGUGUUGAAGUACUGAUGUAUAUUUUGCUAUCUCCCAUGAAUUUAACGGUAUGUGAUUUUUAUCUAAAAUCGCUAAAAGAAAAAUAUUCCUUAAUUCCAGAAUGCAACUUCUGUAUUUACAUGUUUUAAUCUAGAGAGAUAUAGUUGUGAUAGACUUAUAUUUAUCUUGUUUGCACAACCAGCAAGUUCGUAAAUACUGACUAGUUAUCCUUCUGAUAUCUAACUAAGCUACUUAAGUUUUUUGCUUUCAUAGUUUGAAAAUCUUGAACAGGAAUAAAAUGGUUUUGGGUGUUUCAAACACACCAAAGUGAAACAAAAAUACUGGAAUAAGAAACAUGUUUGAAUAUAUAGUUGUAUUCAUUGUUUUGAAAAUAAAUUACCUGAAAGUAAAUUCUA